AUGCCCACCAGCGGCGCCAAGCGACUGAAACCCAGAGCCUUCAUCCCGGUGUCCGCGGCCGCCUGUCUCCUCGUCGGAUCAACUUCUUUGUUUUUCGUCUUCACGUGCCCAUGGCUGGCUGUGACCAUCUCCCCUGCUGUACCGUCAUGUUGCGGUGUCCUCUUUCUUUUCAUGCUGGCCAACUUUACCAUGGCAACCUUCAUGGAUGCAGGUGUAUUCCCAAUAGCUAAUGAAGAUGAGGACAAGGACGAUGACUUCCGCGCUCCGCUGUACAAGAAUGUGGACGUGAAGGGGAUCCAAGUGCGGAUGAAGUGGUGUGCUUCAUGCCACUUUUAUAGACCGCCGCGUUGCUCCCACUGCAGUGUCUGCGAUCACUGUGUGGAGGAUUUCGACCAUCACUGUCCCUGGGUGAACAAUUGCAUUGGAAGACGAAACUACCGCUAUUUCUUUCUGUUUCUGCUGUCGCUAACUGUCCACAUGGUGGGUGUCUUCACCUUCGGCCUCCUGUAUAUCCUGAACCACCUGGAAGACCUGGGAAAGCUGCACUGCACUGUCACAUUGGUGGUAAUAAGUAUAUCAGGGCUAUUCUUUAUACCAGUCCUAGGACUGACUGGUUUCCAUCUGUAUCUGGUAUCCAGAGGACGCACCACUAAUGAGCAGGUAACUGGGAAAUUUCAAGGAGGAAUCAAUCCUUUUACACGAGGCUGCUGUCACAACUUGGAAUAUCUGUUCUGCAGUCCAAUUUCUCCAAAUUAUAUGGGGCGAGAUGGGAAGAAAACGACAGUCCAUGUUCACCCUCCGUUACUGAAACCAGAGACUGACAAACAAACGCCAGUGAAAGUCGGGGACAAUGGCAUUCACAAUCUCCAAAAUAAACAUUCCUCCUCUGGCACUCUUGAAAUGCAACACAUCAACCGGCUGAAUACUCCCCCACCGCUGCCCCCUAAGCCAGACCACAGCCUGCUGAAAGGUCACCUAACAUCCAUAGAUGAAGUUGCACAUCAUAACAAAACUAUAAUUCCCGCAUCAAUUCCAACUGUGCCACAGCUCCGACCUGUCCUGGAGGCCAUAUCCAGAGGGUCAUCUCCCAUUCCCCCAGCACAGCUGGUGAAAACAUCAGAGCAGCAAGGGAAUAAAAGUCCUGACUUCACCACUGAGUUUAAAUGCAGCCCUGGAAGAGUCCGCCAGCAAGACAAUCUGCCCAUGCAGCAGCCCUUCCAGGCCCACACAGUAUCCAACCCACUACAGUUAAACUCCCUUACAUUCAACUCCCGCUCACUCACCCUCAAACAAAGCUACCGCCAUGGCAACAAGUCCCAGCUGCCUGCAACGCAUCCUGAGGGUCUGCUGACCAGUCCCUCUGCCGGCAUGUUCCCUCCCACCAGUGUGUUAGCCAACCGCAACAGCCUCUCCUAUGAUAAUCUCAUCAAACAGGGAGAUGCUCAGUGCUUGGCCCAGAGAGGGAUGCCCCCUGUAAGCUACCAUUCCCACUUUAUGACCCUUGGCUCAGAAGGGUCUGUGGUGCAGAGGCCAGCUCCUCAUACCUAUAGUCCAGUUUUUAUGGGGGUCUCCAGACAGUCCCCCCAGCCCAGAGACCCCUCACCCUCUCUGCAGACAAUCACCACCAGAGAUCCCUCACCUUCCUUACAGGGUCUUGUCCAGAGAGACCCUUCACCCUCUUUUCAAGGGUUGAUGCCAAGAGACUUUACACAACAAGGCAUUACCUCGCGAGACCUCAACCCUCUGGGUCUGACCUUAAGAGAUAUUACUGCAUCAAGCCUGACAGCCCGAGAUCACAACUCAGAGGGUCUGAAUCCUCCUAUGUCUGCUGCUGUGCGCUUUGAUAACCUGUCAAAAACCAUCAUGGUAUCCAUUCAGGAGCGGAGAGAACUGGAAGAGAGGGAGAGGAUGCUACGUCUGCAAGCCAGAUCCCAGGCUCUUUAUGGCCUAGACACAGGGGUCUACGACACCCCUAGCAGGCGAAGUCUACCACCAGACAAUAUCCGACCCUCUGGCUCACGCGGCCCAACCCCUCCUGCCUAUGGAUCUCGGGAAUUCAUGAUGAGCACUGGUCUACUAGGUUAUGGGACUAGGAGCUCGCCCCUCUCCAGUUGCUCUACAUCCUCCCUUAGUCGAGGUUCCAAAACAUGCAGUUCCCCUUUGCGGAGCAGCAGCUUGCAAAACAAGGGCAGGUCUUCCUCUCCAGGAUACUGUCCACCAGACAGACAGACUCAACCUUUCCCAUCUUCAACAUCCACCUUGCCUCGAUUACCCUCACUUUCCGCCUCAUCUGCAGCCUCUUAUACCCCCUAUGGCACCACAAAAAGGUCCUCUCUCAACUACUCCAUAGAGGGGAAAGACCACUCCCCCAUAGGGACUUUGAAAUAAUAUAUGUAUGUAUGUAUGUAUGUAUGUAUGUAUGUAUGUAUGUAUGUAUGUAUGUAUGUAUGUAUAUAUAUAUAUAUAUAUAUAUAUAUAUAUAUACACACACACACACACACACAUAUACAUAUAUUCCAUCUCUCUAAUGCUGUCAGUGACACGUCCAUACAGUGUUAGUCAGUUUUCACAGUUUUCCAACACUUUGUAAAUAAGAAGCCAUUUAGGGUGUUCCUAUUUGGGAGGGUGUGAGAAACAUGCAUUUACUGUGAAAGGAACACAAUUUUUGUGGGUUUUCAUGCAAUAACUUACAAUGGACAAGACUAGUGAUUGAAUGUUGACAGUUGCAAAAUACAUCAUCCAAAAUUGUGAUUCUCAGGACAGCUGUGCUUCCUCUUACUGAAAGAAAUACGAAGAUAUGUGUGAAGAAUAUAGGUGAACGUAUUGUUGGGUUGUAUGGUUUUGAUAUUGCUUUUAUGAAUCUAUGUAAUACCACACCAUUUGUCUGCAGA